AUGAGGCCCUUCAAACUAGCUGGUGCUCGCAUGAUCACCGCCUGCUUUCCACUCUCCCCUCUUCCCGCCUCCUUGCCUCUCUCCCCCCAGACUGUGCAGGGCUUCCAGAAGCUGAAGCUGUACGAGGAGGCAGAGAGGUCACGGGAGGGAGUUGUGCCUGAGGGUUCUGUUGAGAAUGGAGGGAAUAUUGAUUGUGCUGGUGGGAAGACGAAGGCAAGAGGAAAGAAGAAGAAGUGCGGGAUGUCAGGAAUGGUGGUGGCAACAGAAGCUGCCGGGGCAGGAGCAAAGGCAGGAGGAAAGAAGAGGAAGCGAGGGAAGUCAGAUAUGGUGGUGGCAACAGCAGCUGCCGGGGCAGGAGCAAGGGCAGGAGGAAAGAAGAGUAAGCGAGGGAAUUCAGAAGAGGAAGGGGAGGCGGCAGCAGCUGCUGGAGCAAAGGAAGGGGCAGCAGCAGCAGCAGCAGGAGCAGUGGAAGGGGUGGAAGCAGCAGCAGCAGCAGCAGCAGCAGCAGCAGCAGCAGCAGCAGCAGCAGCAGCAGCAGCAGCAGCAGCAGCAGCAGCAGCAGCAGCAGCAGGAGCAGGAGCAGUAAAAGGGGAGAUUACGAUAGGUUCGGCCGCCCCGGACGCCCUAGGUGGGUCUCCUAUUGGGUGCGCCUCUGCUGCCCCUGCCCCUGCUGCUGCUGCUGCUGCUGCUGCUGCUGCUGCUGCUGCUCCUGCUGCUGCUGCUGCUGCUGCUGCUGCUGCUGCUGCUGCUGCUGCUGCUGCUGCUGCUGCUGCUCCUGCUGCUGCUGCUGCUGCUGCUGCUGCUGCUGCUGCUGCUGCUGCUGCUGCUGCUGCUGCUGCUGCUGCUGCUGCUGCUGCUGCUGCUGCUGCUGCUGCUGCUCCUGCUCCUGCUCCUGCUCCUGCUCCUGCUCCUGCUCCUGCUCCUGCUCCUGCUGCUGCUGCGCCUGCUCCUGCUGCUGCUGCUGUUACUGCUGCUCCUGCUGCUCCUGCUGCUACUGCUGCUGCGGCUGCUACUGCUGCUGCUCCUGUUGCUGAUGCUGUUGCUCCUGUUGCUGAUGCUGCUGCUCCUAUUGCUGCUGCUCCUGCUGUUGCUCCUGCUGCUGCUGCUCCUGCUGUUGCUCCUCCUGCUGCUGCUCCUGCUGUUGCUCCUGCUCCUGCUCCUGCUCCUGCUGCUGCUGCUGCUCCUACUGAUGCUGCUGCUAUUGGUGGGGAUGCGCCAAUGAAUGCUGGAUCUAGCAAAGGUGGUGUAAUCAACGGCUGUGAUUCAAGCGUUGGUGGCUCUACCGGUACUGCUUGUGGUGGUGGCUGGGAGGCGGCUGGUGGUGGUUGGGAGGCGGCUGGAGGUGGUUGGGAGGCGGCUGGAGGUGGUUGGGAGGCGGCUGGUGGUGGUUGGGAGGCGGCUGGUGGUGGUUGGGAGGCGGCUGGUGGUGGUUGGGAGGCGGCUGGUGGUGGUUGGGAGGCGGCUGGUGGUGGCAGCUGUGAACCUGCUGCUGAUGGCAACACUGAUGCUUCCAGGUAUGUAUUAAAAGAAGUCUUUUGA